GAAGCCCCGCCUCUCUCCGGGGUUAAAGGGAAGUUGUAAGUAAGAAGGAAUCUGGUCAAAGAUCAAGAGAUCGGCUAAGGAUCUGUCUGGGGCCCCCUACGGACUGGAUCAGGAGAUAGGAAGUGGGCCAGGAGUGCCGGGAUCAUGUUGGAGCAAAAUCAGCGGCGGUCGCGUUCGCUGGCCGGCCGGAAGCUCUCGCUUUGGGGCUUCUUUUUUGGCUGUGCGUUCGCGGUGGCUCUCAAGCCACCGUAUGUUAGCGGGGCUCGGGUGCUGAGGAGCUCGCCGGAGGAAUCAAGUCCGGAAACCUAUGAUCGAUACUACGGCUACGAGGAGCUGAGCACGCUGCUGAAAGCGCUCGCUCUCCGGUACCCGCACAUCGCCAACCUGUCCAGCGUUGGCCGCUCGGUCCAGGGUAGGGAGCUGUGGGUGAUGCGCAUCACCGCGGAGCCGGGCGCCGACGUGCCGGGGAGACCCCGCUUUAAGUACGUGGGGAACAUGCACGGCGACGAGGCGGUCUCCAGACAGGUGCUGGUCUACCUGGUGGAGCAUCUGCUGGACCGCUAUGGCGAGGACCCCCGGGUGACGCGGCUGGUGAACAGCACGGACAUCUACAUCAUGCCGAGCAUGAACCCGGACGGCUUCCAGCGCUCGGUGGAGGGGGACUGCGAGGGCAACCACGGUGGCCGGGAGAAUGCCCUCAAUCAGGACCUUAACCGCAGCUUCCCCGACCAGUUUAAAACCGACGAUGUCCAGGAAGACACCAUUCCCGAAGUCCGGGCCAUCAUGAAGUGGAUCCUAGAGAAAAGGUUCGUCCUCUCUGGCAACCUGCACGGCGGCACUGUGGUGGCCAGCUACCCAUUUGACGACUCGGCGUCGCACGACGUCACGGGGCACUAUAGCCGCUCCGCGGACGACGCGCUCUUCAGGUAUUUGGCCCGCACCUACGCGGACCACAACCCCAUAAUGAGGACCGGGCGGCCGCAGUGCCCGGACACGCCGGAGGAGACCUUCGAGGACGGCAUCACCAACGGGGCGCAGUGGUACGAUGUGACGGGUGGGAUGCAGGACUUCAACUACCUGAAGGGCAACUGCUUGGAGAUCACAAUGGAGCUGAGCUGCUGCAAACACCCGUUUGCUUCAGCACUGCUCUCCGAGUGGGAGAACAACCGCGAGUCCCUGCUGGCGUACAUGGAGAAGGUUCACAUUGGUGUCAGGGGGUACGUCAAGGAGGCGAGGAAUGGGACGUAUCUUCCAGACGCGAUUGUGUUGGUGGAGGGAAUCAACCACAACGUGACCACAGGCCAGUUCGGAGACUAUCACCGGCUCCUGCUGGCGGGGACGUAUAACGUCACAGCCAGCGCUGCGGGGUACAAGUCCAUGACUGUGCAAGGUGUGCAGGUGGUGGAAAAUGAGACCACGGAGCUGAACUUCACCUUGACAGCUCUGGAUCAGGCGGGGUCUGCCGGCAUUAUGGCCCCAGCAUCCCCGCCCCCACCUCUCACAUCUAGGGCCCCCAUCAGCCCUAGCAGAACCACCACCACUCCAGGGAUGGAUGUGGCCCCCAGUACAGACGGGAGAAGUGCAGGGACUACACCGAAGCCAGCGCCUGCAGCCGUCCAGCCCCAGGACUUCAGGCACCACCAUUACUCCGACAUGGAGCUCUUCCUACACAAGAUCAGCACGGAUUAUCCCAGCAUCGCCCGGCGCUAUUCUGUCGGCAAGUCUGUGGAGAAUCGGGACCUCUACGUGAUGGAGAUUUCCGACAACCCCGGCGUCCAUGAGAAAGGCGAACCCGAGUUCAAGUACAUCGGCAACAUGCACGGCAACGAGGUGGUGGGUCGCGAGCUUCUCCUCUAUCUCAUCGAGUACCUCUGUCAAAACUACGGGAGCGACGCCGAGGUCACAUGGCUCAUCAACAACACCCGCAUCCAUAUCAUGCCUUCCAUGAACCCGGAUGGUUAUGAGGUGGCGCAGGAGGGUGACGUUAAAAGCUACAUGGGCCGCAAUAAUAGCAACAAUAUUGACCUGAACCGCAACUUCCCCGAUCAGUUCAGCUCCAUCUCCGAGCCGAGGCAGCCUGAGACCGUGGCCGUGAUGAACUGGUUGAAGAGCUCUCCAUUUGUGCUGUCCGCCAACCUGCAUGGAGGGUCGCUGGUGGUGAACUAUCCAUAUGAUGGUGGCCCCCAAGGCACCACAGCGUACAGCAAGUCCCCAGACGACGACGUUUUUAGAAUGGUGUCCCUUGCUUACUCUCGGGCUAACCCCAUGAUGCGCAAAGGUCACCCUUGUGAGGCUCUCUACCCAAACGAGUAUUUUGAGAAUGGCAUCACCAACGGGGCACAGUGGUACAACGUGGCAGGUGGCAUGCAGGACUGGAACUAUGUGAACACCAAUUGCUUUGAGGUGACCAUCGAGCUCGGCUGUGUCAAGUACCCUUCUGCCGCAGAGUUGCCCACCUACUGGGAGGAGAACCGCCGGUCCCUGCUGCAGUUCAUUCACCAGGUUCACCGGGGCGUGAAGGGUAUGGUGCUUGACAGCAAGGAUAGUACUGGCAUCCCCAACGCCACUAUCACCGUGGAGGGGAUUGAUCACCCGGUCACCAGUGGCAAGGAUGGCGAUUACUGGAGACUCCUGGUGCCCGGCACAUACAAGCUGACAGUCUCCGCCUACAGGUACACUCCAGUGACGCUCUAUGCAACGGUGCCUGCCGAGGGCGUGGAGUCCGUAGACUUCCGGCUGACGCGCGUGCGCAGCGAGGAGAUAGACCCCCAGGAGGAGGACUUUCACGCAUUCAUCAAAGAGCUGUCCUCAGACCAUGGCCUGGAGCAGCUGGUCCGGAACAUGGCCACUGACAGCAGCUUCCGCUAUCGCCGUUACAACGAGCUGUCAGAGUACCUACGUGGACUCACCCUCAACUUCCCUAACAUCACGCGGCUAGUCAGCUUGGGUCAGAGCUCUGAGGUCAGGACCAUCUGGGCCCUCGAGAUUUCCAACAAACCAGACAAGCCAGAACCUAAUGAGCCCAAGAUCCGCUUCGUGGGUGGAAUCCAUGGCAACGCACCUGUGGGAACUGAACUUCUGCUAGAGUUUGCUGCCUCUCUGUGUCUCAACUAUGGCAAGAAUCCAGCGAUCACAAAGUUGAUUAACCGGACGCGUAUCGUGAUCCUUCCCUCGAUCAACCCAGACGGCCGGGAGUUGGCUCGAGAGAAGCAGUGUGCCUCCACCAAGGGCCUGACCAAUGCACAGCACAAGGAUCUCGACACCGACUUCUUCGGAAAUGCGUCAAACCGUUUUGUGAAGCCGCAGCCGGAGACUGAAGCGGUCAUGAAGCUCAUAUUGGAGAAGGGUUACACACUGUCCGUGGCCCUGGAUGGGGGCUCUGUACUUGUCACCUACCCAUAUGACAAGCCAGUACAGCCGGUUGAGAAUGAGGAGACCCUGAAGUACUUGGCGUCUGUGUAUGCAAACAACCAUCCCAAGAUGCGCCUGGGCCAUGCUAGAUGUCCUGACAACCAAGCGAACUUCCCCGGCUGGGUGGUGCGGGCAGCUGAAUGGCACAGUCACAUGGGCAGCAUGAAGGACUUCAGCGUAGACUUUGGUCACUGCCCUGAGAUCACAGUCUAUACCAGCUGCUGUCUGUUCCCGGCUGCUGAGCAGCUGCCCACCAUCUGGGCUGACAACAGGAAAUCGCUCUUCAGCAUGCUGGUGGAGGUGCACAAGGGCGUCCGUGGCAUUGUCAGGGACAGGAGUGGCAAGCCCAUCUCGGGGGCUGCCAUUGUUCUGAACCGCGGCGUGAGGGUCUUCACUGGCGAAGGGGGUUACUUCCAUGCCCUGCUGGCCCCUGGGUCUCACAACAUCGAGGCAGUGGCUGAGGGCUACCAGCAGCAGAGACAGGAGGUGUUUGUGUCAUCGUACGAAGCUGCCAGCUCCAUCGUCAUCGAGUUUGACAUGGACAACCACCUCUUCGGCCUGCCCAGGGAGUUUGUGGUGGCCACUGCAGCGGCCUCCAUGACGGCGCUGGUCAUCACCGCCUGCAUCAUCUGGUGCGUCUGUGCCGCCAAGUCGGACCCACAGAAGGACGGCUUCCAUCGUCUCCGCCAGCACCGCGACGACUACGAUGACGAGAUCCGCCUCGCCUCCAUGGGCUCCAAGAAGUCCCUGCUGAACCACGAAUUCCAGGACGAGAGCGAGAGUGACGAGGACACUCUGUACGCUAACAAGCUCUGAGGCCGCUGUCCCUUCGACUGUCACCCUGCGGGGUCACCCGGGGGGCAAGUGGGUGGUCUGUGUCCCACCCCACCCUGCCCUGGACCUUGUGGCUUUUAGGAGUCCACACACACACACAGAGGCCUUUCUCCACUCCUUUUCCAAGCCAUCCCAAUAGAACUCGGUGACAGUGCCCAAUCAAACGCCCAAGUAAACGUGUUCUGGUGCCCCUAGUUCCACCAGGCCACUGAGAUGUUUCCUGUCUGAUCCGAACACCACAGUUCACUGUCAUGACCCCUGAAUGGUCACAGCCCUAAAAGUAGUGAGUAAUUGGUGGGAUAGAUCAGAGUCCACAGGACAUUUGGGAAGUGAACAAGCCCAGUGCCUUGGCUAAUCAGUAGUGUGAUAAGGCUCCGUUCUGCAGUCACAUGACUGCUGGGUACAUCACCCUCUCCGACUCAGGUGACUCAGGCAGCCUGGUACAUGUAAGACCUGCAUGAGGUACUUAAACCCUCUUUCACAAGUUUACUAUGGAUCCAUAGCAGAACCAAUCUCAUCGCUCAGGGGGAGGCUGACCGAAGCGGCUUCCAUGCAGGGCCUUGCAUGGACGGUAUGACAGCGAGAGCCGCACACCGUCUCCAUGUUACGCCGACCGAUAGGGUGUGCUGUACCUCUGUGGCCUGGGACUUCCUCGGCAGGGCGGGGGGCGAGGUCUAUGUGGGGAAUUGGCAGCCAUGGGGCUGACUCCAAACCAAGGGACUAUAGCAGGAAAAUGCUCCUUAUAAAUUAUAUUUUCCUUUCUCUGUGUUUUUGUAGUUCUGUGUGUUUGGAUAUUGAAUCGCAGAAUUCUUUUUUUUUUUUUUUUGUCCUUUCACCUGACAGCAGCCUAGAGCAGAAAAGGCUUUACAAAGUGUGUGUGUGUGUGUGUGUGUGUGUGUGUGAACGUGCAAAUGGUGAGAUAUGCAUUCUUUUCUGCUGUUGUACGGGUUAUGGGGUUACGGAAAGAAAAAUCUGUUCUGUUUGAAUAAAAGCUAUUAAGUAUAGAGUACUCCAACUCGUAUGGAGUCUUCUAGAGCUAAACUUCAGCACUUUGCAAAACUUAAGAAUCCCAAAAGCAACAUUCUCCUUUGUCCUGGGGUCACUUUCCCAAAAGCGCCGUGGCACCGAUUGACUUGUGCUGGGACCCUUUGAGAAAUGGCUCUGUGGUGCCCAAGCUUGGAGGGAACCUGUCAUUUUAGAAGCACUGAUUAAGUGGCAGCUCAUCCGACUCCAAGCACAAAACACUAAAAGCAGACCUGGCUGCGCCUGCCGGGUUUCCACCCAGGGGACGUCCAGGGGCCUUAUGGCAGCUGGCUGACGCCUGGAUGCGUGGCUGCUUUCCUGUCAACAUACAGAACACAGUGUCCAAAUUAUAUUGUGGACUGGGGGGGGGGGUAGCACAGUGUCUUUAAAUCAGGUUUACUGUGUAUAAUAUUCAUGCAUCAACAGAAGAGGAAAACAGACUUUGUUUUGACCUAAUAAUUCUCUUUAUAAAAUAAAAGUAUGCCUAAGGCAGAAACUGAUUAAGAUUGAGGUUGAUUCUUGUGUUUUAUUCUUGUACUUCGUAUGGGGUGGGGCUGGUGUUUUUUUUCUUUCUUUCUUUCUUUGUAUUGUUGCUCUUUUUAUAUAAAAUAACUGAGUGUACAUAUUGAAAUGUUGCCAAUUAUAUGUAAAAUGAGAAAGAUGUGCAAUUGCAGGAAUUUCCGUAAUGCUUAUGGGCUAACAAACCGAACCUUGCGGUGUAUGUGGUAAUAUUGACACGGUCACGUGAUGCUUCAUAAAAACAUUGAUAAAAUAAAUUCAAUAUCACUUAACCGACAGACUUUGCAUUUUGUUUAUCAGACUGCACCCCCUCCCCCCAAGGCCUGUGACACACCGGCUGUGUGGCCGCUGUGGAAUGUGUUGAUUUUCUUUUCGGUGUCCGUGUUAACGGGUUAGAGCAGAAUCUCGGGCACAAUUCAGUGUAACAAUGUAAUGAAUGAGGGUAAAUAAAAAAUCACAUUACUGCUU